AAGGGGCUGGAACAGGCUACUAGUUGCUAGGCAAGUUAAAGUAAUUCAGUGUCCUUGCCAAACGUCUGCCACACAAACAGGGAACUUUGAGGGAAGAGGAGUGAGAUGGUGGUGCAUGUUGGUUGCCAUAGGAAUAUUUCCCAGAUUGGAACAAGACCAGAGUGGGGAGAGCAAGACAGCAGCAUCCAUGGCUCUUUCUGCUCGGGAAUGGGACUCCAGAGUGAGUGGUGGAGCAGAGACAGAAUCAUGAAUAAACUGGACGAUAAGCAGGACCAGAUGAUACCAUGAAGAGAAGUUUACAGGCCCUCUAUUGCCAACUGUUAAGCUUCCUCCUGACCGUGGCACUGUCCGAAGCACUGGUACUUGCUGUCCAGGAACCGGAAUCUCUUCAGGUCCUCCCCUCAGGCAGUCCCCCAGACACCAUGGUGACCACACCCCACAGCCGAACCUCACACUCCUCUGUGGUGACACUGGGCACUACUCCUGAUGGACCCUCACAGGCCACAGCUACCAUGGCAACAACAGUACCCCAUCAAGACAGGCACCCCCCUGCAAACACCACUUCCACUGUUGUGGUGACAGCAACCAUCCCCCAUUCUGAAAGCCCCCUGCCCACUGGUUCCCCUCCAGUUGCCAUGGCAACCAUACCCUCCCCCUCAGAGAGCCCUCCACCAGGGGACACUGCCCCCACCAUCCUGCUGACAAAGCCAACAGGAGCCACCAGCCGCCCCACUACAGCAGUCCCUCGGGCUACCACGCGCAGGCCCCCACGACUCCCAGGCUCUUCUCGAAAGGGGUCUGGGAGCUCAUCACGCCCUGUCCCACCUGCACCUGGUGGCCACUCUGGGAGGAAGGAAGGCCAGCGGGGACGAAACCAGAGCUCCACACACCUGGGGCAGAAGCGCCCAUUGGGGAAAAUCUUUCAGAUCUACAAAGGCAACUUCACAGGGUCUGUGGAGUCAGAUCCCUCUGCUCUUUCCCCCAGGACCCCAUACUUCUCUUUGCCACAGCCUCAGACUGUGGCUGCAACCACAGCACCCAGAAGUACCUCAUGGGUGCCGCCCACCACCCUCCUGGUACCUGCAGAGGACAAGUCAGGACUUAGCACAGCAGACCGAGGGGGUGGUUCCAUCUUCUCCAGCCCAGGAAAGGAGCUGAAUGCCACUGCAGCUGCAGGUGCUCCUAUCAGUUCACAAGCCACCCCAGUGCCUUCUCAGCACCCCCACGGUGACACACAGGACAGCCCCAGCCUCAGUGACUCUUGGCUUACUGUCACCCCUGGCACCAACAGACCUCCAUCUGCCAGCUCUAGGGUCUUUACAGCUGUGAUGGGGCCAAGCCAGGCUGCCUUCAAUGCCAGUGUCUCAGCCCCCUCCCAGGGGAUUCCUCAGGGAAAAUCCACAACCCCACAGGCCCCAGACCAUGCCCCUGCGGUCUCAGAGAGCACUGUUUCUCUAGCUGAGGAGGAGGCUGCAGCCUCCCCCUUCAUGACCGACAGGGUGCCCAGCCCUCUCUCCACAGUGGUGUCCACAGCUACAGGAAACUUCCUCAACCGCCUGGUCCCUGCUGGGACCUGGAAGCCUGGAACAGCAGCGAACAUCUCCCAUGUGGCCGAAGGGGACAAGCCCCACCACAGAGCCACCAUCUGCCUGAGCAAGAUGGACAUCGCCUGGGUGAUCCUAGCCAUCAGCGUGCCCAUCUCCUCCUGCUCCGUCUUGCUGACUGUGUGCUGCAUGAGGAGGAAGAAGAAGACAGCCAACCCCGAGAACAACCUGAGCUACUGGAACAACGCCAUCACCAUGGACUACUUCAACAGGCACGCUGUGGAGCUCCCGCGGGAGAUCCAGUCCCUGGAGACCUCCGAGGACCAGCUCUCCGAGCCCUGCUCCCCAGCCAAUGGCGACUACCGUGACACAGGGAUGGUCCUGGUGAACCCCUUCUGUCAGGAAACACUGUUUGUGGGCAACGACCAAGUGUCUGAGAUCUAACUGCAGCAGCCUUUGCUUUGCCAUUCCCUAUUUUUCAUCUUUAAAAAUUAUAAAUAUACAAAUAUAUAUUAUAAAUAUAACCUUUGUGUAACCCUGACUUAAUGAGAAACAUUUUCGACAUUUUUUCCUAAGAACUGUCAACACCUUUUUUAUAAGUGUGGUUUAAAAAUGAAACAAAAAAAACUUUACAGAAUGACCUGUGGCUUUAUAAAAUAAAGGUAUUUCUAAGCAAAGCAGUGGCACGGAUUGCUUCUCUUAACUGUCCUUGAGCACUCGGGGCCCCAGCACCCCGGGGCAGGUGAGUGAAGAGAUGGACUUCCUGUAGAAGCUGAAUGUUAAAGUCAAGUGCAUUGUCCAUUGCAUGAUUCUGAAAGCUCUGGUUCCUCUAGAUUCAGUGUGACAUUGUCUUCCUCCCUCCUGGGCACACUAGCCAAAGGCAUUGGGCCACCUAGGAGGAAGACAUAGUCUGAUGCACCAAGCAGGAAAAGGGAACAUGUCAUCCCCCUGAGGAGGAGCACCUGCAGCCUCACGGUGGCACCACUGUCAGCUUUAAUUCAUAUAAGUUAUGGCCAGCAGACAGGAACAUGCAGCCCUCUGGAAUCCACGGGGACAUGGAGGCAUCUAAAAGCUCCCUUAACAUCACCCACAGGGGGCCUGCCACCUUACUAAAGACAGGACUGCCCCUUCCAGCAGAAAUUUUUUUAAAGCUCCCUUGAAGAGCCUCCAUCUCCCUCUCCAUCCCCUCCAAUGCCCAUAUCUGUAUUGAAGCCCCGUGCCUUUUCUUGGGUGGGUAUAGACACAGAUCCCAGCCCCAGAGAUUUAGAAUGUGUACCCUUCCUCAAGGGCCAAGAGUUUAUCUACAAGGUUUAGCUUUGCUUUCUGCAAAAGCACUGGUAUUAUACCCCUGAGGAAUGGUUUAUCUAAGAAACAGGUAUACAGCUGUCUUCGGGGGGGUGUAUCAGGGAUUGAACUCAGAACCUUGCUCUUGCAAAGCAGGUAGCAGAACCUCUGAGCUAAAUCCUCGGCCCACAGAUAUCAUUUUCAAAACCUUCCUCUUGCAAUCUUAAAAGAACAAGGCUGCCAGAAUGAGUCAUUUGAAAGAAGCACCAUUCUGUCCUGCCUGGCAACCUCAGACAGCCCACGGACUGGCCAUCAGCUCUGUUCUCCUGUCCCUUCCCCAGACUGGGCUGCCUCUGCCACUUCACUGUGCCCAGCACAGCCAACGGGUCAGGCUCCCGACAACGCAAGAGGGGCUUCCAGACACGGCCGUGUCUCUAUUUUCUCCCUAAUAGUGGCUAGGAGAAAAGAUAACUGCUUUGAUGCUUCUUUUCUCUUAAAAAAAUAGUUUGAUAGUAUAUUUUGAAUAUAGAUGUUCUUAUAGUCAGACUGGGAAUCAAACUUGAAUGUUGCUUUGUAUGUUUGUGUUUGUCCUGUGGUCUUUUCACCAUGAUUUUUCCUUUCUUCCUAUAUUUUCCUUUUCAAAAAGCAAGAUGGCCUUCAAAAACGUGUGUUCUCAAUGUUGUAUGAACUGACUUAGACAUGAGUUUUCUUGUUAUCUCUCUUCAAAGACUUCAACUCACAAAGCAGGUUAAAUGUUGCUCUGAGGUUUGUUUUUUAACAUGUUGUCUGAUUUUCUUAACUUU